AUGGGGGUCCCUAAUUCUUUCUGGCAGCUGUCUGAUGUCAAUAGAGACUACAAGGUGUGUGAGACAUAUCCACGAGAACUGUAUGUGCCAAUUACAGCAAGUAAGCCAAUCAUUGUGGGGAGCUCAAAGUUUAGAAGUAAAGGGAGAUUCCCAGUGCUGUCAUAUUAUCACCAGGAGACACAGGCUGCUAUUUGCAGGUGCAGUCAGCCUUUGUCUGGCUUUAGUGCGAGAUGUCUGGAGGACGAACACAUGCUGCAGUCUGUUAGUAAAGCCAAUCCUGGGUGUAGGUCCAUGUAUGUCAUGGAUACCAGGCCUAAGCUGAAUGCCAUGGCAAACAGAGCGGCAGGCAGGGGUAUGAGAAUGCAGAUAAUUACUCCAACAUUAAAUUUCAGUUUGUUGGAAUUGAGAAUAUUCAUGUAAUGAGAUCAAGUCUGCAGAAACUCUUGGAAGUUUGUGGGUCCAAAAACCUCUCUGUAAGUGACUUUUUAAAUGGCUUAGAGAAUUGUGGAUGGCUUCGCCACAUCAAAGCAGUAAUGGAUGCUUCUGUCUGCUUAGCCAAGG